AUGGGAAUAUGUCAAAGUCAAGAAGAAAAAACGAUGGUCGCAAAGAGCAGAGCAAUUGAUCGAGAAAUGAUUCAAGGUCGUACUGCACAGCAGAAUACUGUAAAAUUACUGCUUUUAGGACCUGGUGAAUGCGGCAAGAGUACAGUUCUUAAACAAAUGAGAUUAUUACACGCUCAUGGAUUCACUGAUGAGGAAAUUAAUCAGCAGAAAACAGUGAUUUACAACAAUAUAGUACAAGGAAUGGCUUCUAUUUUAAGAGGCAUGAAAAAGCUAAAUAUUCCAUUUGAGAAUUCUGAACGAGAUGCUGAUGCUCGCAUUGUAAUGGACGUCGUUAAAUCAGGUAGCGAAUCAGAACCUUUGACACCUGCGUUAAUUGCGGCGCUGAAAAAUUUAUGGGCUGAUAAAGGAGUUUGUAAGGAUGCAUACGAACGUGGAAAUGAAUUUCAGAUGGCAGAAUCUACCGCUUAUUUUCUGGAUUCUGUGGAUCGAGUUUCAUUUCCGGGCUACAAACCCACCGAACAAGAUAUUUUACUUAGUCGAAUUAAGACAACAGGCAUUGUGGAAGUGAAAUUCAAAAUGAAAAAUGUUGAUUUUCGAAUUUUUGACGUUGGCGGACAGCGCUCGGAGCGUAAGAAAUGGAUUCAUUGCUUUGAAGAUGUCAAUGCAAUUAUAUUCAUUGCAGCAAUUAGUCAGUAUGAUCAAGUGCUUUUUGAGGACGAAACUACGAAUCGCAUGGUCGAAAGUUUACGAUUAUUUGAAUCGAUAUGUAAUAGUCGGUGGUUUAUCAAUACAUCAAUAAUUCUGUUCCUGAACAAAAAAGAUUUAUUUGCUGAGAAGAUUAAACGGGUUUCGAUCAAAAUUGCUUUUCCCGAGUAUAACGGUCCGCAAACCUAUGAUGACUCGGUACGAUUUAUCGAAGAGAAGUUCGAGGCUCUAAAUGCAAAUCCAGAAAAAACGAUUUACACACAUCAAACAUGUGCGACAGAUACGAAUCAAGUGCAAAUGAUUUUGGACAGUGUUAUCGAUAUGGUCAUUCAGGCCAAUUUGCGAGGAUGUGGACUGUACUGA